CAGCAGCUCAGCAGAGAGGACAAGAUGGAGUGGAGGCUUGCCUUCCUGUUUGCCCUUCUCUGCCUCCUUAGCCCUGCUGCAGGAACUGUGACACCUCCGAUCAUGGAUGCUUCCCAUGCAUCGAUUACAGUUUCAGCUCAACUUCAGACUACAGAGCCAGCUGGAAAGUCUUGGGUGGCACCCAUGGCCUCUUCAUGGGCAGCAGAUGGUGCUGUGAGCCAGCCCUUUUCCAAUUUCACCGGCUCUGUGAAUGACCGUGGAAUCUGCCAGUGUGCCAUCUCCCUGCCAGACACCACCUUUCCUGCGGACAGAGUGGAGCGCUUGGAGUACACAGCGUACAACCUGUCUCAGAGGUUUGAGGCAGAAUUUUCUAAAGUGAAGGAAUAUGUCCAAUUAAUCAGCAUAUAUGAAAAGAAACUCAUAAACCUCACUGUCCGAGUAGAGGUCAUGGAAAAGGAUAGCAUUUCUUUCGCAGAAUUGGACUUCGAGCUGAUCAAGAUAGAAAUGAAGGAGAUACAAAAACUGAUCAUAACGUUGAAGGACAACUUUGCUGGAAGCUCAGUUAUUAUUGACCAGUUGGAAGUGGAGAUAAGGAAUAUGACUCUCUUGGUAGAGAAGCUGGAGACGCUAGACAAAAACAAUGUCCUUCACAUUCGCAAAGAAAUCUGGGCUCUGAAAAACAAGCUGAGAGAAUGUGAAAAGUCUAAAAGUGAACUGAAUGCUGUUCCUUUGCCUCCCCCUGCUCCUGGGAGCUGCAGUCACGGUGGUGUGAUGAACAUCAGCAAACCCUCAGUGGUUCAGCUCAACUGGAAAGGCUUUUCCUACAAGUAUGGUGCCUGGGGUCGGGAUUACUCUCCUGAGAACCCUGAGAAAACUCUGUAUUGGGUGGCACCUCUGAAUACAGAUGCAAGAAUACUGGAAUAUUACAGACUCUACAACACACUGGAUGAUUUACUAUUGUACACAUAUGCUAAACAAUAUCGGAUUGUCUAUGGCCAAGGUGGUGGUAUAGCAGUUUACAAAAGGAACAUGUAUGUCAACUGGUACAAUACUGGGAACAUUGCUAAAGUUAACCUGACCGACAACACUGUUGCUGUGACUCGAAAUCUCCCUGGUGCUGCCUAUAAUAACCGUUUUUCAUAUGCUAAUGUGGCUUGGCAAGAUAUUGACUUUGCUGUGGAUGAACAAGGACUUUGGGUCAUUUAUGCAACUGAAGCCAGCACUGGUAAUAUAGUGAUUAGCAAACUCAAUGACACCUCACUUGAGGUGCUAAACACUUGGGUUACCAAGCAAUACAAAUCAUCUGUUUCUAAUGCCUUUAUGGUAUGUGGGGUGCUCUAUGCUACUCGUACUUUGAACACCAGAACAGAAGAGAUUUUUUACUACUAUGACACAAACACAGGCAGGCAAGGAAAUCUAGCCAUUAUAAUGCCAAAGAUGCAGGAAAUAAUACAGAGCAUUAACUAUAACCCUUAUGAUCAAAAACUUUAUGUCUAUAAUGAUGGCUACCUACUGGAGUAUAAUCUGGUCUUCCUACAGGAAUCUCAGGAAAACGUCUAGGUGUUAAAAAUACAGUGGUUGUUGAAAUGCUCUUCUCCACUUAUUUAGAUAUCUGCUGGAGAAUCAAGAAGAGUGUUUCUUUAGUGGUAUUCAGUAUGGAUAGUUGCACCUAACUAGAGAGUGAGGAUAUUUGCCUUGAUUUGUUAAGUUCUCUUGGAAACCAUUGCCUCUAGUGAUGUAUUUUCUACCUUCCAGGGUGGGAUUGUCAGAUAUCUAGGAACAUUAUGGGUUUAAUGAUGCAUACAGUCUAGUAGUACCUAGAAAUUAAGGGGCUUAAAGAGGACCCUAAGUAUGGCUUCUGGGAUUCUUUAUAUAGAUUUUCUCAAUGACCGAUCCUUAACCCCACUAAUUCUUCAAUGCCUAGAAGGAAUCUGGGGCUUCACUCGGCACAUUUCAAUUUGAAGUUGCCUUAGGGACCAAAUCUCUCACUUUGUUCUCUUCACUAGCUCCUGGAAUGAUGCUUUGUGCAUACCAGAAAAAUAAAAUUUUCAUGUGAUAUUAUAUCUGUAAAGUGUUUUGUAUUUUCUAGAGAAAGGGCUUUUUAUGCAUUAAAUUGUACACUGCAAUAAAAUCCUUGAAGGCUCUUUG